UCCUUUCUCGCAAUAAGCUAGCUGUUGAAGCCGUCAUACGAGUCACAUUGUUUUACACAAGUGUGGUAAAUUAUCAAAAAAUAACACCAAUAUAUGCCGAAUAGAGUGUUUGGGGAAUGUUUAUAAAAUCACAGUUUCUUUCGCUUUGUACAUUUGCGCCCUAACUGUUCCCGUAGGUUUGGUGUCCAACGUCGAAGGGUGUGUUUUUCUUUUCGCUCGCCGUCAACACAGCAGCAACGUUAGCGUUAGCGAAGCAACCAAGCUAACGUUAGCCCUGAAACCAACGUAAUUCCGAUAGUUAGCCAAACAAACUCAGAGGGAGGCGUUGAUGAGCAGCAAUGUCUGGCAUCGCUCUUAGCAGACUGUCCCAGGAGCGCAAAGCCUGGAGAAAAGACCACCCAUUUGGUUUUGUUGCUGUGCCUACGAAGAAUCCUGAUGGAACCAUGAAUCUGAUGAACUGGGAGUGUGCCAUCCCAGGGAAGAAAGGAACUUUGUGGGAGGGAGGACUCUACAAACUCAGAAUGCUGUUCAAAGAUGACUACCCUUCCUCACCACCCAAAUGCAAGUUUGAGCCACCAAUAUUCCACCCAAAUGUCUACCCAUCCGGCACCGUGUGUCUGUCGAUCCUGGAGGAGGACAAAGACUGGAGGCCUGCCAUCACCAUCAAACAGAUCCUGUUGGGUAUCCAGGAGCUGCUGAAUGAGCCCAACAUUCAAGACCCAGCACAAGCAGAGGCUUACACAAUUUACUGUCAGAACAGGAUGGACUAUGAGAAGCGGGUAAGGGCACAGGCCAAGAAGUUUGCCCCCACAUAGAGAGGAGAGCCGUCCUCUGUCCCGCCUGAGCAGCCUGAACUGAUGGAGGAUACAAACAGGAGGCAGGCAGCGCCUGAAGGACCACUCCAAUAAGAAUCCAGUUUUGAGUAUUAUUAUACUACUACACAGGUGGCAAGUGAGCCUGUUUUUCUUUUUCUUUCUUUCUUCAAACAACAAAAGUUCAAUACGAUCAUAAUGUUACCUCUUCAAGAAAUAUUUAUGCAUUUUUAAUGCAUAGCUGAUGAUCCUAGGACUCUGCUGUCAACACGGACCUUUGCUAUUUGUAACUCUUGUAUAAUCCAUAUCUCCAGUUUUGUCAUGAGUGCUGCUAUGCUCACUCAUGCCUUCAUUAAUACUGUAAGUCAUGCUAAUGUAUCGGCAGAGCUGUAGAAAUAAGAUCUCAUGUCCAAACCACUCUCUGUGUAAUGUUUAGUCUGUUGUGGCAGAGGAGGAGAUUUCGCUUAUUCUAAACCUUCCAGUUUUUAUCAAACCAUCAAACCCCACAAGUAUUGUAGAUAGUGUUUCAUGAGUAUGGGAAUGAACUGGCGACAAAGCAGUCAAACGCACAAUGGAAGUUAAUCCACCCAUUGUGCUCUUGAUUCCCUUGUUUCGUUCCUAUUACGCAUCCGUCACAUCUGAGUUUCCAGAAAAGCAUCAAAAGAACACCAUCAACACGUCAAAUUCAGGUAAAAGACAAUCCUGGCACUUAUACUUUGGUUGUAAGCUAAACCGUGGCAGUUACGUAUGUAGGAAGUGGCGCUCGGUCCACCUCAAAGAAGGGAUGCGUGACGGGUGGAAAAUGGGGCACACAGGUCAGGGUUUUGCUUCCACCAAUGAGUUUAAAAUCAUCCUUUAUUGCAGUGGAGCUGAGAUAAGCUUAGUGUUAAGAUUCUUUUUGUGAAUCCAACUGGGAGCGAAAGUAUUUUUUCAGUGACGGUUUAUGAACUUCAUGCACAUUCGACACCAGCACGUCAUCUGCUUCCCAAAAAGAAAUGCUAUAGUACGAGUUUCAUGGUAAAAGUAAACAAAAGCGGUUGCUGUGUGUUCGUUUUUGGCUUUCAAGCAAUUAGAAAUAGCAUCACUUGGAGUUAUUUUUUUCCCAUAAUGCUUACAAAAUGAACACACACCUGAAUAAAUCCAAAAGCUGUUAAAUCUUCAAGUUGAUCUGGCAAACAGAAGCUGAAGGAUCCUCAUUGGAAUGGCCUCUCAACCAGCAAGGAAGACAGAUGAAAGUGCACUUGAGAGUAAGCAAAGGCCUGAGAUUUUUUUGCCUCUGAAUAUAUGAGUGCAUGUACAUAAUAUAAAUAAUGAAAUUGUGGAAGUUAUGUUUUAUAUUGUUUUAGCCAGUUGACAUUUGUGUGUGGUAUUAUAACAAAGAACACAAUAAAUGGCAUAAAAUUGUGAAAUAAAGUUAAAUAAAAGUACAAAAAAAA